UCCCUCCCAGCUCACUCGUGAAAACCACGGAGGCAGGAGCCGCUCCGGCUGCACAGCGCUGAGCGUAGCGUGGAGUUUACCGUUGAUGAGGAUGAGCUUUUGAGGCUGACCGGAGUAGUUUCGGUGCAGUUUCCUCGCUCUGUACCGUACUGGGUUUCUGAGAAUGAAGAAGUGAAUCUGCCAUCGCUGUCAUGGCCGUCCAGACUGGCAUCCAGGUGUGGUUUGGCGAGAAGUUUGACGCCCCCUUGCUGAGCCCCAGGAGCCCUCGCAGCCCGUUAGCACAGCGCCACGGCCCCGGCCUCGCAGACGUCUUCCAGUAUGACCAGUGGCUGGCAGUGCGACACGAGGCCACCCUGGUGCCCAUGCAGGAGGAUCUGGCCAUCUGGCUCACAGGCAUGCUGGGGGUGGAGGUGAGAGCAGAGUUUUUCAUGGAGGAGCUGAAUAACGGCGUGAAGCUCUGCCAGCUUAUUGGUGUGUUGCAGACCAAGAUCGCCGAGAGCUGCCCCUCCGCACUCGGCAAGCUGUUCCCAACUAAGAAGGUUGCGUGUAAGCGCGACGCCUCCCCGGGUUCCUUCUUCGCCCGCGACAACACGGCCAACUUCCUGUCCUGGUGUCGGCUCAUUGGCGUGGAGGAGACCUACCUGUUUGAGUCUGAGGGCCUCGUGCUGCACAAGGAACCUCGGCAGGUUUGUCUGUGUCUGCUGGAGAUCGGCCGCAUCGUCUCUAAGUACGGCGUGGAGCCUCCCGUGCUGGUGAAGCUGGAGAAGGAGAUCGAGCUGGAGGAGACGCUGCUGAUGACGGAGGAGCCGCCUCCGGCCGUCAAGACCUUCAGUGUGUGCUGCCAGCAUGGCGGCCUCUACCAGCCCGGAGAGCACGGCAUGGACGACCCGCCCUGCAACUGCUCCAACAGAGUCUCCAUUGAGUACCUGUCUGAGGGACGCUACAGGCUGGGAGACAAGACCAUCUUUAUUCGGAUGCUGCAUGGUAAACACGUGAUGGUGCGUGUGGGCGGGGGCUGGGACACGCUGCGUGGUUUCCUGAUGAAAUACGACCCUCUGCGGGUGCUGCAGUUCACCACUCUGGAGCAGAAGAUCCUGGCCUUUCAGAAAGGCCCCCCCGGCCUAGGAGGUCACCAUGGCAAUGCGGCUCCACCUCCUCCUCCUGACAUGGACCCCCUGGCCGCUGUCAACAACCUCAUCUCCUCCUCAUCCUCUUCCUCCUCCUCCACGUCGUCGUCCUCCUCCGUCUCUGGCUCAGCCUGUAAGCAGACGGCCGUGGCGGCCGCGGGUCAGAUGGUCCGGUCCCACGCCGCCUCCCCUGCCUGCACGCCCACGCUGCCCAGGAAAGGUGCUGCCGCAGCACCCAAGAAGAACCUCCAGAUGACACCCUCCUCCCCCAGGAAGCCCACCCAGCUGCCCCUGCCCGUCACAACCAAAGGUUCCUCCUCUUUGCCCUCCACACCUGUGGGAAGCUCCUCCAAACUGUCUCCCAGCCCGGGGGGGCAGGGAGCGCAGGUCCACCACAGAGCUCUGACACCAUCAGUAGCUCCAUCAGAUCCAAACCCCGCCUCCAAACUGAAGCUCAGGCCGUCACCACGCGGAGCCGCCUCUCAGCCCAGAAGCCCCGUCUGCCCCGAGCCGUCCUCCAAAUGCCCCAAACCCUCCAGCCCCUGCACCUCUCCCACCGCUACUGUGCCUCGCCCCGUCACUGCACCAGUACGGGCACCCACCCCUAAAGAUGCCCGGCCCCCAUCGGGCUCCAGCCAGCGCUCCCGCCUUGCACAGCGCCGCCCCGGCUCCCCAGCCUCGCGCCUCCGUCUAGAGGCAGCCAGGCGAGUGCGGGCAGCCACACGGGCUGCAGCGCCCCCAACACCACAGUCCAGACCCCCCACCCCCAGCUCCCGGACAGCCUCCCCAGUGCUGCCAAAACCUGCCUGCUCCCUGCCAAAAGGCAAAGAGGCCACAGCCAAAGCCAAGGGCCCGGCCCCGACCAAGGCCGCCGCCCCUCCACGAGGUACCGCUGCUGUCCCCGGGCGGGUCCCGGGGGGCAACACGGGCCCCUCUCCCGCAGGCAAAGCCAAUCAGAAAGCACCAGCCACAGUUCAGACUGUGGGGCGGAAACAAGCAGCCACGACCACGAGCAACCCCAGCAACGGGAAGUCAAGUCUAAAACCUGAACCAGCUCCAGGACCAGCCCUGGCCCCUCAGAGAUCCAGCCCCAACGUCAAAGCUGUUAAAACCCAGUCCGCCGUCGGCAAGAAGCCCCCACAAUGCAAGAGCAAGAGUGAGGACGCUUAUUUUGAGAUGAACAGUAGGAGGCGGCAGAAGACGUAACUGGGCGGAGUGGGAGCAGCAGACCGGUGACACGGCGUCUCAUCACAAACCAGCACUUCACACCGGAGCUCAGACUCUUCAAGCCAAUAAAUGUCGUCACUAAUUAAUCCUCAUGAAAAAGCUUCCACAAAACUUGUUUUUGUUUGUUGAUUUUUGUGUAUUAUUUAAUAGUUUUUUAUUUUAAAUCCAAAAGGGUCAAAGAUGUCAAGUUCUGUUUGUUUUGUCUGUGAUGAAUUAACAGUUUUGUUGUUGGGUUUUUUUUUUUUUUUGAGAGCGAGUUUAGCUCCAUGUACCCGAAUAACACUAAAACUUGCACAAUGUUUACAUUUCCACCUUCGUUAACAUGUUCAGCCGUUACUUUUAAAGAACAAAUCAUGUUGAGACGUUGACCUCAGAGCUCUUCUAGCUCAGAGCGAGGUCACAGGACAGAGCCGUGACUUAGUCAAAUGCACUUAGUCCAACAUUUUCGAGGAAAAAGAUGCGUUUUUAUUCGCAUCGAGUGUUACCAAACUUUAAACAACUGGAACACAAAUCAUGGUUUCUGAUUUAUCUCCCCGGUGAGAACAGACUUUCCACUGGUGGACAGUCGGACGCUAAUAAUAAUACUGUGGACUGAUUUUUGUAUAAAUGACAUCUAGGUGGCGCCGUACAAAGCGUCAUCGGGAGAGGUCCUUCCUGUCGUGUGCCUUCAUCGGAAACCUCUCGUUUCUGAGCGGCAGUAGAAUGUAUUAGAUGAUCGGGGGUGGUGGGUGGGUGCUUGGGGGGUUUAAUGGUUUUUACUGAUGAAAAUUGCACAGUGUGUACGAGCACUCGUUACUUUGGUUUCUCAGAGGAAAGCCAGAGAUGAACUACUGAUCAAACGCCUCUUUUCUUUUAAACAGGAAACACUCACGAGGCCCGUCAGUGGCCAAAAUCAUUUUAGAGCAGAAUCUACUUGGUAUAGACUUGUUUUUAUAUGGUUUCUAAUUUUUUUUUGUGUGUGUUAAAAAUCUAGUUUUCUAUGUGGUGUUUGUGUAUGUGUGUACGUAUGUGUGUGUGUAUAUAUACAGUAUAUUACCAGUGAGGCUUUUUUCUUGUUUGGCACUUUACAGAAACCUCUGUGUUUGUCACAGUCUGAAUGUUGAUUCUGUUGAUUGUGUCUCCUGUUUGUCAUUUUGAUUAAUAAAUGGACAAGUGUUUUAAAAA